UCUCCGCUGCCUGCCGACGCGCACACUGGCGCAGCGGGGCUGAGAGGCAGUCCGGCCUCUUCUUCCCUUGGCUCCCCCCGUUUAGUGCGAGGUUUCAUGGCUGCUGACGGGAUGGACGAACGGUCCCCGCUGCUGUCAGCGCCCGGCUCGGGCAAUGUGACUCCGACGGCCCCGCCGUAUUUCCCGGACAGCAGCCCGAGAGCAGAACUCCCGCCACCUUACACUGCCAUUGCUAGCCCAGAUGCCACUGCUAUUCCUAUAAUUAAUUGCCGUGUGUGCCAGUCAGCAAUUCAUUUGGAAGGGAAGCUUCACCAACAUGUGGUCAAAUGCACAGACUGCAAUGAAGCUACGGUAAAUGGAUUUACAAGUUUCUCAUUCUAUAACAUGCAGUUUAUGGUAAUCAAGAAUGCAAUUUGGGGCAUGUCAAAUUUUUCAACUUUCAAUUUCCAAAUAUUAGAGUAUGACAUCUUUACUUCUGACAGUAGACGCAUCAUUAAUCUUGGUCCAGUAAUGCUUAUUCCAGAGGAGCAGCCAGCACAGCCUGCAAUACCUGCUCAGCCAGAAGGCACCAGAGUAGUGUGUGGACACUGUGGAAAUACAUUUCUAUGGAUGGAACUGAGAUUCAACACAUUGGCAAAGUGCCCACAUUGCAAAAAAAUUUCUUCUGUUGGAUGUGCGCUCCCACGAAGACGGUGCUGUGCAUAUAUUACAAUUGGAAUGAUAUUUAUCUUCAUUGGUGUUGGAUUAACUGUUGGUACCCAGGAUUUUGCUAGAACAUUUCAUGCCACUUACGUUUCGUGGGCUGUCGCUUACCUCUUUGGCUUAGUCUGCUUGGUUCGAGCCUGCUAUUGGGGAGCUGUAAAAGUCAGUUAUCCAGAACACAGUUUUGCAUAGACUUCUAAUAGUAUCUUAUUGGAAAAUGGAGCUUUCUAGAGAAUCUGAUGGAUAUAGGAGCCAAGUAAUUUAAGCAGUUUUCCUAUUAAAUGUUUCUGUUUUGUUACUAAAGUUUUAAGGCUGGGGAUCCUUUUAAGAACAAAUGUUCAUUGCACUACAUUAUAUGCAAAUAGUUUGUUUUGCUGCUAGAUUCCCAAACUCUGAAUACUAAAGCUUUGUUUACACAAUUGUACAUCUGUCUUAAAAGAACUGCUGAAUUCAAUUUCAAUUUAUAGUAUUUUUUUUUCAGUAUUAAAUGUGCUUGUGCCAUUUGGGGAUGAAUAUGUAAAAGCAAGAAAUAUUUAUAGGUGUUUCUACAAGUGCUUCACAUUUGUAUGUACACUUUUAAAACUGUCAAAGCAACUUGCUUUAGAAUGUUAAGCAAUAAACAUUUUGCUUGAAAUGCUUAGUUUUAACUUUCACCUAAGAUCAGCGUGACCUUAAAAAGUGUGCAUCAUUUUCAAAGAAGUGGAGUUUUUCUUAGGGAUAUACUAUCCUUUCAGAUUUCCAGUUUGAGAAAUAUGGUAUUUUAGUAGGCUAGCUAAAGAAAAACAAAAUCAUUUACCCUCUUCAAGUUGAAUUUCAAUUUAACUUGAAUAUUCUUUUUUUAUUCUUGUAUUUUUUUUAAACAUCCAAAGCCAUGAUUGGAUUUCUGGAACUUUCCUCUGGUUAUUUGUAUGAGUUCCUUUACAGGGUCUAAAUAAGGGAAGCAUUUGAUAUGACUUGUUUUAUACAUUUAGAUGAUUUUAGAGUGAUGUUGGGCUAUCUCUUAGUUUGUUUAGAUUGGUCAUUUAUUUUCCAUAAUGGGAGAAUAACUCUCCAGACAUUAUAAAGGGACAUAUUUAUAGCUUAACUCAGCUAAUAGAAAAUUAAAUAGAGCAAACAAGUUAUCCUGAUCAUUCCAUCAAUGUGUAGCUGGUUGGUACAGUAUUAAAAACUAAUCAUGCUAAAUGAUAGAUUAAUUUUUUUUUCAUGACUUGUUCACAAAUAGAAUAUUGGGACCAGUUACUGCACUGACCAACUUUGAAGUUUUACAGAAUAUGGGUCUUUUUUAAAAAAAAUGGAGGGAAUACCCUGAGCUUUAGAUUAUAGUAGCCCUUAGACAAUGGAAAUAAAGAAAGUAGACUAAAAUGGAUUUUCUAGGAUUAUAUAUAUAUAAUAACACUGAUAAAGGAUAAAGUGAUGCUUGGCUGAGGAUUUGGAGCACAAAAAAAACCUAAAUGUACAUGGAAAUUGUCUUUGUAUAAUGUUAAAUGUACAAAAGCAGUAGCUCAGGUUUAUCAUGUACCUUUAAAAAUAUA